GCGGUGUAGAUGGGUUUUUCAGCGGAACACCGCUGUCUGUAAACAGUCGAAGAAGACAAAAUGGCAGCCACCAUGAAGGGACCUGUAGCUGUUGAGGAUGUGAAUGUGACUUUUGAAGACCAGCAGAAGAUCAAUAAGUUCGCCAGGAACACGAGUCGGAUGACGGAGCUCAAAAAUGAGAUAGAAGCAAAGAAAAAAUUGCUGCAGAACCUCCAGGAUGCCAGUGAUGACCUAAUGAUGUCAGACGACGACUCUCUAUUGAUCCCUUAUCAAAUCGGCGAUGUCUUUAUCAGUCACACCCAGGAGGAAACACAAGAGAUGUUAGAGGCUGCCAAGGAAACACUGGAGCAGGAGGUCAAAGGCCUUGAGGAACGAGUGUCAGCGAUACAGCAAGUGCUGGGCGAUCUGAAGAUCCAGCUCUAUGCCAAGUUUGGUAACAAUAUUAACUUGGAGGCAGAUGAAAGCUGAGCAGUGAAAUGGACUUUGACAGCUGCUCCACCAUGGACUUUUACAUGCAGCUCUUGUAUCAGAUCCACAGGAUGUUUGCCAAACAGAAGAGCAACAUGUAUGGCGUAGGUUUGUACCUUCUGGUCGAUGUCUUCAGUGUAGUUCUGGGAAGCAAAUUCACAAGAACAACAAAGGUAAAGAUUAUUGGAUUAAAUAAAUGCACUUCGUUUCUUAUGUAUUCUAAGUGGCCCCUUGUUUAAUGUUCAUGUGCUUUUUUUUGUACUCUGUUGAUCAAACUGAAGUAAAAAAGAGUAAUAAAAACACUGUAAUAUUUUAACUUCUAGCAAAUUUAACCGUCUGAAACACUGCAGAGGAAUGUGUUUGAUUUGAAAUUUCACUUUGAUUCACGAAACUAAAAGCAGGACAAAUAUUAACAACAUAUCCCCCUGUGACACAUCAGUGUACUUUGGAAUUGACAACUGAAAUGAAAGACCUGACAAAAACUAACUGCUCAACUUUUUUUUAGAUUCAUCUUUUACAAAAAACAACAAAAAGCUGAAAUGUUUGCAGCCAACAAAUCUGUCAGAAUUGCAAUCACAGACCGAGCUAACAUGCAUGCAAAUCGAGGUAUCUUUGCUUAAUCUGUGUCCAUACUCUCUGAUUAGUUUCAGUUUAGAGAAACGGAUAAACGAAAAAGUAGAAAUCAGCCAUGAAAUCCACAUAACUCACUGGAAUUCAGAAAGAGGUAUUAUAAUUAGAAAAGUAAAAGAAAUAGACUUUUUCAAGACUACCUGACCAAAUGUGGGUGAUGCAGAGCCUUGACUGUGUGGUGUGCAGUGUUUUGAGGAAGAAAACAGUGAGUGCACUAAUAUCUGUGCUACAAAGAGCUCAUGUCAUUAAAUGAGGAAUUUAGUUUAAAUUUAUUUUUCAGCAUUUGUUUUAAUGCUUAUAGACACAAUAUAGACAUUACACUUUCUGAAUUUGCUCAGUAUUGAUUACUGCCUUCAUGUAUGCGAUUUAGCUAGCGAUAAUAAAUGCUGUACUUUUGGCCUGAA